AUGCCCAUCGCUCUUGCAGACAUACACAACCAGGCCCCUUCGUUUUACUUCGUUGGUGACGACAUUUCCACAGCACAGAAUGUCGCAUUGGAUCCGGAUUGGAAAGUGGAAGAUGUGAAAAGAGCCGUGGGUGGCAUCUUGCACGUCGCUCAACCGCUGGGUAUCACAUUCCACGCGGAAAAUGGCCCAGAGCUUACUACAGUCGACGAGAUUCUGAACACAUUCGCCGAAUCACCAAUAGGCCUCCGCGUUGAUGGUCAAGCUGUUCAAAGCCCACAAGGCCCAGAAGGCCUUCCGCUAGUCCGCAGCUUCUAUGAAAUCUUCCCCGACCAUCUGGGCAACCACUACCGUCUCUUCCGCAAAUACGGGCACCUUAUCCGAACAACGAACAUGGGCAAAACGACGUACCUCACCGACAGCCUUGAGGUAGCCGCCGUGGCACUUGCCGAAUCCGCCUACAUGACGAAAAAGAUCAACGAGAACCACCCACUCUGGGGCGUGAAAGAUAAUACAGCCAUCUUCGUCGGUGACACCGAAACAGAGAACUGGCGGCUCGCACACAAGUUCCUCCCUCCAGCCAUGGGGCUCAAAGCGGUCCGCCACUACACACCCUUGAUGCAAGAAUGCGCGCGCAGGUCUUUCGCCGUGUUCGACGAGCUGGAUUCGCAGGACCAAUCAUGGAAUGUCCAUCAGUACAUGGUCAAGCUUGCCUCUCAAACCAUCGGUAAAUUCUCGCUCGGAACCGACUUCGAACACUUCACCUCCAUCGACGCCCCUCUGCAUCCGAUCGUGACGAACAUCGCCAGCCUCCUCUCGCGGAACAAGAAAGUCACAGCCCGCGGCGAAUGGUACCGGCAUCUGCCUUUUGGCGAUCCAGCGCGCCUGAAGCAGGGCUCCGGUAUUGCCGGCAUGCCGAUGGUGGAAGCAGCAGUCAACGCGUCUUGGGUGGUAGAUUACCUCCUCAACACAGUCGACGAAACAGGCCAAGAGUUUCCCGAAGGCCUCAUUCUUGCCAACAUGCUUAUUGUCACCGGCGCCGGAUUCACAACGACAUCUGCCUUGAUGUCAUGGCUCAUCUACUGCCUAGUCAACUACGAAGGAACGCAGGAACGACUAUACGAAGAGCUAUGCGCAAAUGGCAUUGCGAAUUCUAAGGAGCCCGUGGAAUGGUCUCCCGAGCUCGCACACGGCCUCCCAUACUUGGAUUCCUUCGUCAAGGAGACACAACGCCUACACAAUGCCUUUUUCCAGCCGGGCCGCACGAAGAAAACCGAGGUUAUCUUACCAGGUGGAUAUCGCCUCCCUGAAAACAGUGUAAUGUCCCCGCGCUGA